ACUACUUCAAACCCUCGUUUCACAAUUCCUACAAUCUCCUUCAUAGCACAUUUAACCUCCGCCUGUCAUUACUGACUUUUAACUAACUGCUUUUGGCCCCAAGACAUACUCUACGUCCUAGUCAAAUCGAGCCAUAUCAGCUGUGAUCUUGACCGCCGUUAUCAUCUCACCGACUACGCGGGGCACGCGAGAUACUCGCACUUCAGCCCAAGAGCAUUCGUUAGGCAAUUGUUUGGAUAUCCUUUUCUCUCUUCACCCAGAAUUGCGUCGAAACGAGCGAGAACCAGACACAAUGGACGACUCGGCACUACCUUCAAACACCUCGAACGGGAUUAACGGUCGCACCGCCCAUCGACGGUCCAGUUCCGGUGGUGAUCCUUUUCAACACCCAGAUAUCUACUAUGGAAACCCCGAGUCUGUUGAACGGAUCAAGAACCGCCGACGUGCGUUCUCUUCGAGCUUGAAAUCGUUCAACCGGCAAGACUUCCAUGAAAUGCUGGGUGACCGUAAUACGAGACGUGGUAGCAUGGACCCAACGUCUGGCAACCCCAGGAAAUUCCUUAUCGAUGUCGACGCUACUCUUCAUAGUCUGCUUGAGAGAGAGGAUUCGGACAGGAACAUGCAGAUCACCAUCGAGGAUGUUGGCCCUAAGGUUUUCUCCUUAGGGACAGCUGCAUCCCAUGGUUACAACAGGUUCGACGUGCGAGGCACAUAUAUGCUGUCGAACCUCCUCCAAGAAUUAACAAUUGCUAAAGAUUAUGGGCGUAAACAGAUUGUCCUUGAUGAGGAACGUCUUUCCGAGAAUCCUGUCUCUCGGCUUUCCCGACUUAUCAAGAACUCUUUCUGGAACUCUCUAACUAGAAGAAUUGACGGGCGUAAUAUCGAGGUGGCUGGAAGGGAUCCCAAGGAUUGGACUGACGAUCCUCGGCCGCGUAUUUAUGUUCCACCCGGUGCUCCCGAACAGUUGGAGUACUACAGGAGAAUCGCGGAAGAGAAGCCUGAACUGCGUCUUGAUGUUCAGGAAUUGGCUGCGGAAAUCACACCGGAAUAUGUGCGAGACUUGAAUGAGAAGCCCGGGCUGCUCGCAUUGGCCAUGGAGGAGAAAUACGAUGAAAAGACCGGGAAGACCGACUUCGCUGGAGUUCCCUUCGUGGUCCCAGGAGGGCGAUUCAACGAGCUUUACGGGUGGGAUAGCUACAUGGAAUCGCUGGGGCUUCUGGCUAGCAACAGGGUCGACCUUGCCAAAGCCAUGGUGAUAAAUUUCUGCUUCUGCAUUAAGCAUUAUGGAAAGAUUCUCAACGCCAACCGGUCGUACUAUCUGACACGAUCCCAACCACCUUUCCUAACUGAUAUGGCUUUACGUGUGUACGACCGCAUCCAGAAUGAACCAGGCGCCAUGGAUUUCCUUCGCCACGCAAUUCUAGCAGCCAUCAAGGAGUACUACAGUGUUUGGAUGGCUGAGCCGCGUCUAGACCCUGUGUCGGGCCUGUCAAGAUACCGCUCACCGGGUAUUGGAGUACCUCCUGAGACGGAGGCCUCUCACUUCCUCCAUCUUCUCACCCCGUAUGCCGAGAAACAUGGUAUGGAAUUCAAAGAGUUUGUCCAGGCCUACAACUACGGCAAAGUCAAGGAGCCGGAACUGGACGAAUACUUCAUGCACGACAGAGCUGUUAGAGAAUCUGGACACGACACCAGUUACCGUUUGGAGAGAGUCUGCGGCAAUCUUGCCACUGUUGACCUGAACUCUCUCUUAUACAAGUAUGAGGUCGAUAUUGCGCGAGUAAUACGCGUCUACUUCAAGGACAAGCUCGAGAUUCCGGUCGAGUUCCGAACACCAGCCACCAAGGAUAUCCAAAGCGAAUCAUCAUCUGUGUGGGACCGCCGGGCGCGCAGAAGAAAGAUGAGGAUGGACACCUACCUCUGGGAUGAAGAAAAGGGAAUGUACUUUGAUUACGACACGGUCAAACAAGAACGGACCAACUAUGAGAGCGCCACGACUCUCUGGGCAAUGUGGGCUGGGCUUGUCACGCCACGCCAGGCUUCUGCAAUGAUCACCAAGGCACUUCCCCGCUUCGAGGAGUUUGGUGGAAUUGUCUCGGGCACUGAAGAGUCUCGUGGUGCUGUUGGACUAAACCGACCUACUCGGCAGUGGGAUUACCCAUACGGAUGGGCGCCGCAGCAGAUGCUCGCGUGGACCGGGUUCGCCCGUUACGGAUAUCAGGAAGAGGCCGAGCGACUUGCAUACAAGUGGCUCUACAUGAUCACUAAGGCGUUCGUUGACUUCAACGGCGUCGUCGUCGAGAAAUACGAUGUGACCCGACCCAUUGACCCUCACCGCGUUGAUGCCGAGUAUGGCAACCAGGGCGUCGACUUCAAGGGCGCCCCUCGCGAAGGGUUCGGUUGGGUCAAUGCAAGCUACGUUUACGGCCUGGAAAUGCUCAACGCCCAUCAGCGACGUGCUCUUGGUGCGGUCACUCCAUGGGAGACGUACAGCAAGGCUGUUUCUGCGCAGGGUAGUGACACCGUUCUUGAAAACAGAUCUGAGUGAUUGAGUGAUUGAUUGCUUUACCUAAUGUCACAUUUCGUUCGGCUUUUCGGCCCGGUCCAUGUCAUAACUGAAGCACUUUGGACACGGCCAGGCCUUGUUACCAAAAUACCAUAGAAGUAGCUGUUGGUUUCAAGUUUCGAGAAUAUGAUGGUUGGUACACGGAUAUGAUGUAGACUCCCAGGAAAUCUGCUGUUGGAGUGUCGAUAGACGGUUCUAGAGAGAAAUGAAUAUAUAAAUUACUAGGGGCAAGCAGGGACGCUCUGCGAGCUCUCUUAGUCACUUUCGG